AUGCCCCCUACUUCGCGUCAGGCACGUGGCCAGCCCGCCGCGCCAUCUCCUUCAGCACCCAUUCCCAACUCACCUGAUGAGGAACGAGGAACCCCCCCUGCUGAUAUUCACGCACUCAUCCCAGACCAGACAGCACCAGAUGAGUUGGGCCUUUUCCGCAUAUAUGCGCAACGUUCCACUCUGAUCCCGCACCGAGAUCAAAGCCUUGAUGCGAUCGCUGAUGCUCCUACCUUCGAAACGCAGGGUGACCCUGAUUUUGAUCGAUCACACAUCAUUCCUGGACUUCCCUCCCAGGAUAUCCAACCCGAUGAUAUCUUCUCUGCAUUCAGUAGCCCAACUGCGGGGCUUCUCUUUUUCUGGCAGUACUCCGGUAUCAACUCCAAGUCCAGCGCUGAGAUGAAACACCUCGGUAGGACUUUUCUCGACGAUGACAACUACAGGAGGGAAGACGCUCGAGAUUACGAUGAUGUACAUGAGAAGAGGCUUCUCGGGGAUUAUCUUAAGGAUAAGUCAAAUCCAUUCCAUAUCGAAAACGGCUGGCACUGCUCCUCAGUUAAUAUCUGCCUACCGAAAGAAAAGGAGAAGUAUUGA